AUGCGAGUUACUUCAUCUCAAAGAAAACAAAUGGGCGAAGAGGAACAAAUGAUUGAUUCAUUCACAACAGCUGAUGAGAUCUCUGAUGUGACCUUAAUUGUAGAAGAGAAGAAGAUCUUUGCUCAUAAAUCUAUUCUCGCAAAAGUGUCACCUGUCUUCGGGCGAAUGUUAUUCUCGUCAGGAUUUCGUGAAUCUAGAACAAGUGAAAUUAACCUUCCGGGCAAACAAUACCUUCACAUUGUUGAACUAUUAAAAUGUGUCUAUCCAAAUAUAUUGAAACCAAUCGAUAAUGUCAAUGCAACAUAUCUUCUUCCAUUAUCUGAUGAAUAUUCAAUAUUGAUUCUACGUAAAAAUAUCGAACGUUUCCUAAUUUCAUCAACGACCAACAUCGCUUCGUAUAAAUACGGUGAUAACCAAACGCGCCUAUUUGAUCUACUUGCAUUAGCUCAGUUGUAUCGUUUGAACAAACUUGAAGAACAUAUCUGUGAACAACUAACCAGUCAUUUCGAUAUGGGACAAUGGAAUAAGCCUGAACUUCCAAUUAAAUUACGUUGUCAUCUUCUGGAAUUGUUCGUACAAAAACAACAAGCGAAACUAAAGGAUAAACAAACGAAAUUGAAAGAAUCGGAAGAUCUAUGUUUGAAGCAAAAGUUCGAAAUUCAACGUUUGAAAAGUCAACUAGAAACUUCAUCGUUCGAUGAAAUAAUCCUACAGAGCAUAGUUAUGACAAAGAAGAUCGCGUAUUGA